CCCAGCCCCUGAUACCUUACACAGCCAUGAUGAAGUCUGCUUCCAGUUUGCUGAUGCUGAUACUUUGGGUCACCAUCAUUCACUGCUAUGCUGAGGACACCUGUCCAGAUGUGAAGGUCAUUGGUGUUGGAGACUCAGACAGACUGACAAUACUGAGAGGAUGUCCAGGAACCCCGGGAGCCCCAGGACAGCAGGGUCAGCCUGGGCCAGCAGGAAUUAAAGGAGAUAAGGGCCUUCCUGGAAUUCCUGGGAAAAUGGGACCCACUGGGAUGCAAGGAGAAAAAGGAGAUUCAGGCAAGCAAGACUUUUACACCUCAAGAGACUGCAAGGAACUAAAGGAACAGGGUUCAGUAUUGAGUGACUGGUACACAAUUUACCCUGAUGGCAAGGAGCCAUUGAAAGUGAUGUGUGAUAUGCACACUGAUGGCGGGGGAUGGAUUGUUUUCCAGAGACGUCAGGAUGGCUCAGUAUAUUUUUUCCGUGAUUGGAAAUCCUACAAGAUGGGGUUUUGGCAACCGUAUGAAUGAGUUUUGGCUGGGGAAUGAUAAUCUGCACAAGAUUACUUCAUCAGGUA